ACUUUAAAUCAAUGGGGGCAAGAGAUGGCUUCUCUGUUCUCAAUCCAUGGCUAGUUCUCUUCUAGCCCCCGCCAUCCUCUUCUUCUUGUCUCUCUCUGCUGAAAUCUGCGUCCGAGCUACAGAGUACACCGUCGGCGACGGCGACGGGUGGGACACCGGAACCAACUACCUCCGCUGGUCGCAGAACCACAACUUCACUGUCGGCGAUGUUUUAGUAUUUAAUUAUGUGCGGGUGCUGCACAACGUGUAUCAGGUGACAGAGGAGACUUACAGAUCGUGUAACUGGAGCUCCGGUGUGAUUAAGAUGUACGACAGCGGCAGCGACCAGGUGACCCUGGCGGAGGCGACGAGUUUCUGGUUCAUAUGCGCCGUGGAGGGCCACUGCCAGGGAGGCAUGCGGAUGGGCGUCAAAGUGGCGGCUUCCGGUGGAGGCGCUGCUGCUCCGGCUCCGGAGGAGCGGAGCAAUGACGCCGGCGACGCCGUAGGACGGGUGGUGGUGCGGCGGUGGUGGGUGGUUUGCUGGUCGGUAUUGUUGAUGGUGUGGGGCCUACGUGCUACGUAAGGAUGGGCUGGGUCUUCGACGACUGUUACUGGUCUGGCCCACUUGGACGAUGUCGUUUUUAAAUUUUAAUUUGAUUGGGAAUGUUAAUUCAUUUUAUUUUCAUCAAUUAUUGCCAUCGCCCCCACUGAUUGGCUCCGGUGGUAACUGCUCUAAUAAAUUUUAGAUUAAUUUCCAAAGAUCGUUUAGGAUGAACAUUAUCCCUGUUAGUCCAAUUAAAAAAUGAUGUCGA